AUGGAGUACACGAUUUAUCAACCCUAAAUAUCCAUUUUGGUAAAAUUUCAGAAGCUAUGCAUACUGGAAAAAACGGAUUUCCCCCAAAUCCAGCCCUGAUUUGGACAGAGAGGAUAUUGUAAAAAGAAAAAAUUGGACCCACCAUAGCAAAGAUCUCACUGAAAACCAGGAAAAUUGAAAGCUGGCGUGGCGUAAGAGGAGUCACAGGUAACAAAUACGCGAGUCGGAGAAGAUCAAAAACCUCAGAUUUGGAUUAUUUUGGUCGCUUUCCACCUCAAAUCGUGGAUAGACACAAACACGCAAAAACACGUGCAAUCAUGUCAUUAUCAGAACAAAGAAACACAGCCCGCAACGAAAUUAUUUAGAAAAGUGACAAUUUAUGUAAAUAUGUCCACACGCGACUGCCCCUGUGAAAGAGCAUGAGAAAAUUAGCGUGCAGGAACAAUGGAGAUCAGCAGCGAAGCAAAAGUGGAUUCUUUUACAAUAGGGCCGAGUACACUGGUGGGAAGAGCAAUUGCUCUGAGAAUUCUAUUUUGCAGAUCUUUUGGAAAAAAUUUGCAAGCGCUUUUGAUCAUUUUAUCGUAUUAUUAUCGUAAGUCUGGAAAGUAUUUGGCUCCGAUUUUUUCUUGGUUGCAUCCCAGCAACCCUCAGGUUUGGUUGCCCAUGGUUUUAUGCGUUGCGAUUUUUUUGAAGCGGCACACGGAUGUGAAAGCCAAGGCCAGAUCGGCAUAUCGGCGCAAGUUUUGGAGAAAUCUGAUGCGAAAUGCGCUUACAUAUGACGAGUGGUCACAUGCUGCUAAGAUGCUGGAGAAAGAGAGCUAUUCCAUGAAAAAUGAGGCGGAGUUUUAUGAUGAGGAGCUGGUGAAGAAUAAGUUCCGGGAGCUUGUGCAGCGGCGGCAGGAAGGAGGCCUGCGGGAUAUAAUAUUUUGCCUUAGGGCUGAUCUCGUCCGAAACCUCGGGAAUAUGUGUAAUCCACAACUUCAUAAGGCCAGAUUGCAGGUACCAAAGCUAAUUAAAGAAUAUAUAGAUGAGAUCUCAAUGCAGUUGAGGAUGGUGUGUAAUUGGGAUUCAGAGGAAUUAGUGCUGGAAGAAAAGCUUGCAUUUAUGCAUGAAACAAGGCAUGCCUUUGGCCGGACAGCAUUAUUGCUCAGUGGGGGUGCUUCUCUAGGGGCCUUUCAUGUUGGUGUUGUGAAAACCCUAAUAGAUAAUAGGCUUCUGCCAAGGGUUGUGGCAGGGGCAAGUGUAGGAUCGAUCAUGUGUUCUGUCAUUGCCACCCGGACAUGGCCAGAAUUGCAGAGCUUUUUUGAGGACUCAUUGCCCACUCUCAGAUUCUUUGAUCAGUUGGGUGGCAUAUUUGCCAUUGUUAGAAGGAUUCUGACCUUGGGUGCUGUGCAUGAGAUCAGGCAGUUGCAGAGGUUGUUGAGGACUUUGACAUCUAAUAUGACCUUUCAGGAAGCCUAUGAUAUGACCGGGAGGGUUUUGGGGAUUUCUGUGUGUUCUCCCAGGAAGCAUGAACCUCCUAGGUGCCUUAAUUACCUUACUUCCCCACAUGUUGUGAUAUGGAGUGCAGUAACUGCUUCUUGUGCUUUCCCAGGGCUGUUUCAGGCCCAGCAGCUGAUGGCCAAGGAUAGGAAUGGGGAGCUUGUGCCUUACCAUACCCCAUUUCAGGUUGGUCCCGAGGAGUCAUCAUCAGGCAUUGGGGUGCGGAAAUGGAGAGAUGGAAGCCUUGAGAGUGAUCUUCCCAUGAUGCAGCUCAAGGAGCUGUUCAAUGUCAACCACUUUAUUGUCAGUCAGGCCAAUCCUCAUAUUGCGCCACUGUUGAGACUCAAGGAGCUCAUUAGAGCAUAUGGAGGAGAUUUUGCAGCCAAGCUGGCCCAUUUAGCUGAGAUGGAGGUUAAGCAUAGAUGUAAUCAAUUUCUUGAGCUUGGUUUUCCUUUGGGUGGCAUUGCAAAACUUUUCGCUCAGGAUUGGGAGGGCGAUGUGACUAUUGUUAUGCCUGCUACUAUUGCACAGUUUGCCAAAAUCAUACAAAAUCCAUCUCAAGUAGAGCUUCAAAAAGCUAUCAAUCAAGGGAGACGAUGCACUUGGGAAAAGCUGUCUGUAAUCAAGGCCAAUUGUGGAAUUGAACUUGUAUUGGAUGAGUGUGUUUCUUUUCUGAACCAUAUGCGCAGGGUUAAGAAAAAUGCAGAAAGAGCUGCCUCACAAGUAAUGGGGAAUUCUAUGAGAUUUAAUGGAGCAAAAAGAAUUCCUUCGUGGAAUUGCAUGGCACGUGAGAGCUCAUGGGGCUCACUUGAUGAAGAUGGUCUUGUGGAAGCUGCAGCUCAUCCUGGAGGGCCAUGGGGGGGUCCGUCUGGGCAACCAUUGAGGUUUUCGCGUAACACUUAUGAUGGAAGUGACAGUGAAAGUGAAAAUAUAGAGAUUAAUACCUCCUGGACAAGAAUUGGAGGUCCUUUGAUGAGGACAGCAUCUGCAACUAAGUUUAUUCAGAGUUUUGAUGUUGAUCCAGAGCUCAACAAACAGUUGAACAGGGAAGAUGUUGAGGCUAAUGAUUCUUCUGAGAAUCAGGAAGUGUUAGGAUCACAAAUCAAUUCUUAUCUCACUCAGUUAUCAAGCCAGGAUGCACUUUGUAACAACUGCAAUAGUCAACGUAGACAGAAUUGGGACAGGUAUUCAGACCCCACUGGCAGUCACUCUGUUUUAAAUGAUAGUGAUAGUGAUGAUCGAUAUUGUUCAUGUUAUGAAACAAGGAGCUGGGUUGGUAGAAUAUCUGGCUCAACAUCUAGAAUUGCAGUUGCUGAAGGUGACUUGCUUCAACCUGAAAGGAGUCCCAAUGGGAUUAUUUUUAAUAUUGUAAAGCGAGAGGAUGUUGCCCUUGUUAAUAGAGACUGUAAUGUCGAAUGUUAUCGAGAUGAACAUGAUGUUUGUAUUGAUGAAUGUAGCCACGUUGAUGGCCCAGUUGGGGGGCUUGAUGAAGAUGACACUGUGACUGCCUCUGAAAGUGGGGAUGCAGACAGUGGUUUAGAUAAUUUUAUGGUCACCGGGCAGCAUUCUGGGAGUAUGAAAAAUGUUGAUUAUGAUUGUAUGAAUGCUAUCGGGAACAACCUGGACAUAGGAAUUUCGAUUGGAUCAUUGGAGAUCAGAAAUGAUACAACAAAUCCAUCAAAUGAAGAUACUGGAGAAAGAGCAAGAGAACUGGUACCCUCCAACAAAAAUAUGCUGGCAGAUUUAUAUGUACAUGGGACUCUGGCAGUGGAUAUUCAACAACCAGAGAAUGAGAAUAUGGUGUUUCAAGGGCUACUAAUGACCAUGGGUUCUGUUGACAAGUCUACAGAGAUACUUAAUAUAGGAGGCCUUCAUUUAUCACAAGAUGAAAUUUGUGCAUUCAAGGGAGAGAGUGUGGAGUUCAUUGACAAAGUUAUUUUACCAACUAAUGAAAAGGAUGUCAGUUAGUUGACAACUAAAUUCUGCUUCCUUUAUGGACAGAUAUUUUUGAGUCCAGGAAACAUCUUAUACUUGUUCUAAUGUGUACAUAAGUGUGACAUUGUAAUCUUUUUCUUGAUGCUGCAUAUGUAAAAUCUGUCUUUGGACAGAGCAGCUGCACACCUGCGGGUGUUGAUAUACCCCACUUGGAAGUUUGAACCCAGGUGUCUGUGUCAAACAAGUUCGAUGACCUAGCAACUUUCAUUAGAGUCAUGCUGUUGGCCUGUAAUCCGAUUGUCAAUUAUUUUUUAUAAGAUCACUCUAGAAAGAGAGCUGGUCCUUUUCUUGUA